CUGGCUGAGAAGCGACUGCCUCCCUCCAAUCGUUAACGACAAUAGUUGCUGGCGCCGGGACUCACGGAAGUUACUUCCUCAAUACGGCAGCGUGUAUUUCCAACAAGAAAAGAUUUGAGUUUUUGUGAAAUGGGUCGACGCAAGUCCAAAAGAAAGCCUCCUCCUAAGAAGAAGAUGACUGGGGAUCUGGACUCUCAGUUCACCUGUCCCUUCUGUAACCACGAGAAAUCAUGCGAUGUCAAAAUGGAGAGAAGCAGAAAUACUGGGAUAAUAUCAUGUACCGUCUGCCUGGAGGAGUUCCAGACCCCUAUUACCUAUCUGUCGGAGCCUGUGGACGUGUACAGUGAUUGGAUAGAUGCUUGUGAAGCAGCCAAUCAGUAGCCUUCAUGGAGCCUGAAACCUCUCAGGAAGGUGGAGAGGAUGAGCAUGUGACUAGUUGUUAUGGGCCCAUUUAGGAUCAAGCUGAGCAUUGGAUAGUUUUGACACAUUGAUUAUCCACAGGCUUUAUGGACACUUGAGAUUUCCAGCUCUAUGAACAGCAGUCUGUGAUGAGAUCUAUAGCACAAACAUGCUGUGAAAUGUUUUUGUCAUCUUCAGAGCUCUCCCCUCUCUGUGUAAGGGUUCAACCCACAACUCUACUUCUGACUCUUGAGAUUUAUGACAUAAUUUUGUUUUCAAAUGUACUUUUUUUGGAUGGGUCUCAAAGAUUCUUUUGAAACAAGCUGUUACAAUGGUGUUUUGAAGAACUCUUCUAAGAGAUGUGGUUUGUUUUUAAGGGUUCACUAAAGUUAGUUAAACAAACAAGUUUUGCAAGAAGUCUGGAGUAUAAGAGGAAGGGAACCCAUCUUGUAAUUCUUUUUUUAAUUUGAAUAGAAUGUCCUGAAAACUUAUCAUUGAGUAUUCAAAAGUUGAUUUUUUUUUUUUUUUUGUUACACAUGAUUGCUGAUCACUCAGAGAGUAGUAAGAAAAAAACUUUUUUGUAUCAGGAUUGUUAAGACUUCUAUGGGCAGGAGGAAACUUCUUGGCCUGGAUCUAAACACAGUUUAACUGAAGUUAGGCCUAGCAGUUUGUUUUUAGCAUCUCAUGUAAAUGCAACAGUUUGUCAAAGUCUUUCUUUUGUGUAAUCAUCAUAAUCGUCUUCUUACGGGUUCUGAUCAUAUUAACUAUUACUAGCACCUCUCAUCAUCCACCUAAAGACAGUUGUGCUGCAACAGUAGUUCAUUCCACAAUGGAGAGAAAUAAAAAACACUUAGCUGCUCAGUUCAUAGGUUUAGAAUUGUUUUUAAUCAGUUCAGUUUUUCAGUUUAUUGUUAGUUUUUAGCUGACAUGUUCAUGAAAUUAAAGAAAAUAUGUUUGGAAAGUUUGCAAAGUUUAAAUGAAUAUUUUUCCUAAAGGAUCAUCAUCAUACCAGGGAUUACUUUCCUAUGCAGCUGUCAUCGUUAUAAUGGAAAUAAAGCCAAAUUUGACAUUG